AUGGCAUCCCGGCGAUUGGUUUUGCACUUUAACCAGGCUUUGCGUAGCCAUGCUGCCCUGAAAGCCGUGCAGCCGGUGAAAAGAGGCUUCGCAACCCCUGUCACCCUUCCUACCACCACUGAGUCAACAACCCUAUCAAAUGGUUUAACGAUUGCCACUGAGUAUUCGCCAUGGGCCCAGACGUCUACCGUUGGUGUGUGGAUUGAUGCCGGAAGCCGUGCAGAAACUGAUGCGACAAAUGGAACCGCGCACUUCCUCGAGCAUCUUGCAUUCAAGGGCACCAACAAGAGAUCGCAGAAUCAGCUAGAACUUGAGAUCGAGAACAUGGGUGCACACCUCAAUGCCUACACUUCGCGAGAAAAUACUGUAUACUACGCUAAAUCCUUUAACGGUGAUGUUCCCAAGGCCGUCGACAUCCUGUCCGAUAUCCUCCAGAACUCAAAACUAGAGCCAGCUGCGAUUGAGAGGGAACGGGAUGUCAUUCUUCGGGAACAAGAGGAGGUUGACAAACAGCUGGAAGAGGUCGUAUUUGACCACUUGCAUGCCACUGCAUUUCAGAACCAGCCAUUGGGUCGAACUAUUCUUGGCCCCAAGGAAAACAUCCAGACCAUCAAACGUGAAAACUUGGUCGACUACAUCAAGACAAAUUACACGGCGGACCGCAUGGUCCUCGUCAGUGCUGGUGGAAUUCCCCACGACCAACUCGUAAGACUGGCUGAGCGGCAGUUUGGUUCCCUCCCCAGUCAACCACCCAACUCUGCUGCCUUUGCUCUUGCUGCCGAGCAGAAGCGCACACCCGACUUCAUCGGUUCUGAAGUCCGCCUCCGUGAUGACACCAUUCCUACUGCCAACAUUGCCCUGGCUGUUGAGGGAGUCAGCUGGAAGGACGAUGACUACUUUACCGCUCUCGUCACCCAAGCCAUCGUUGGGAACUGGGAUCGCUCCAUGGGCAAUUCUCCCUACCUGGGCAGCAAGCUAAGCCAUUUCGUUGGCCACCAUGGCUUGGCCAACAGCUUCAUGAGUUUCUCCACCAGCUACAGUGAUACUGGUUUGUGGGGUAUCUACCUGGUUUCCGAGAACCUUACUCAGCUCGAUGACCUUGUCCACUUUGUCCUCCGCGAAUGGUCUCGACUGUCAUUCAGCGUGACUGAAGCUGAGGUUGAGCGUGCCAAGGCCCAACUGAGAGCCUCCAUUCUUCUAUCUCUCGACGGCACCACUGCCAUUGCGGAAGACAUCGGCCGCCAGAUCGUCACCAGCGGACGCCGCUUGAGCCCCAAAGACGUUGAGCGUGUCAUUAGCAAGAUUACCGAGAAAGAUGUCAUGAGCUUUGCCCAGCGCAAGCUGUGGGAUAAAGAUAUUGCCAUCAGUGCUGUUGGCAGCAUUGAGGGCAUGCUUGACUAUCAGCGUAUCAGAGCGGACAUGAGCCGGAAUGUUUCAUAA